GCAAACCCCACUAGCCAGUGUCAGCCUCUCGGCGGGAGGAGGAGGCGGCGGAGGAGGAGCAGGGGGAGGGCUGUCAAAUUCGGGAGCCAGAUUUUUUUCCCUUCCCCUGGCAAUCCCUUCCGCUUCCCCGGCUCCUGGCGUGACAUCUGCGGACCGGGGACCUGUAUGUGUGUGCGCGCGAAGGAGCGGAAGAAUGGCAGUGCUCAAACUCACCGACCAGAAUUUCAUGAGCAGUAUCUGGAAUUGCCAUCUUAAGUGAAUGUUUGUCACGGAACUCCCUGAUCUUGAGAUGGGUCUAAAUGCAGAUGUAUCUAAUGAGCACUUUCAUUUUCCUUCUUAUAUGCAAGGGGCCACCACUGGUCCAAGCAAUCUUCAGCGGUGAUCCAGAGGAGAUACGGAUGCUCAUCCACAAAACAGAAGAUGUGAAUGCUCUGGAUUCUGAGAAGCGAACCCCGCUUCAUGUGGCUGCAUUUCUGGGAGAUGCAGAGAUCAUCGAACUCUUGAUUCUGUCAGGAGCUCGUGUAAAUGCCAAGGACAACAUGUGGCUGACCCCACUGCACCGGGCUGUUGCCUCCAGAAGUGAAGAAGCAGUGCAAGUAUUGAUUAAGCACUCGGCCGAUGUCAACGCGAGGGACAAGAACUGGCAGACCCCCCUCCACGUGGCGGCUGCCAAUAAGGCUGUAAAGUGUGCAGAAGUGAUCAUUCCCCUGCUGAGCAGUGUCAACGUCUCUGACCGAGGGGGGCGCACAGCCUUGCACCACGCUGCUCUGAAUGGCCACGUGGAGAUGGUCAAUUUACUCUUGGCCAAAGGAGCAAACAUCAAUGCAUUUGACAAGAAGGACCGGCGUGCUCUGCACUGGGCGGCCUAUAUGGGCCACCUGGACGUUGUGGCGCUGCUCAUCAACCACGGCGCAGAAGUGACGUGUAAGGAUAAGAAGGGUUAUACCCCUCUGCAUGCUGCAGCCUCCAAUGGACAGAUCAGUGUUGUCAAACACCUCCUGAAUCUGGGGGUGGAGAUCGACGAAAUCAACAUCUAUGGAAACACAGCCCUUCACCUGGCCUGCUACAACGGGCAGGAUGCUGUAGUUAAUGAGCUGACUGACUACGGUGCUAACGUGAACCAGCCCAACAACAGCGGGUUCACCCCUUUGCAUUUUGCUGCUGCCUCCACACACGGUGCUUUGUGUCUUGAACUAUUAGUAAACAACGGGGCAGAUGUUAACAUCCAGAGUAAAGAUGGCAAAAGUCCCCUGCACAUGACAGCUGUCCAUGGAAGGUUCACACGGUCACAAACCCUCAUUCAGAAUGGCGGUGAAAUUGACUGUGUGGAUAAGGAUGGCAACACUCCUCUCCAUGUGGCUGCAAGAUACGGUCAUGAGCUUUUGAUUAACACCUUAAUAACCAGCGGAGCUGACACAGCCAAGUGUGGAAUCCAUAGCAUGUUCCCCCUACAUUUAGCUGCCCUAAAUGCUCACUCUGACUGCUGCAGAAAACUCUUAUCAUCGGGCUUUGAAAUAGACACCCCAGAUAAAUUUGGAAGAACGUGCCUUCAUGCUGCUGCUGCAGGAGGUAAUGUGGAAUGUAUAAAACUCUUGCAGAGCAGCGGAGCAGAUUUCCAUAAAAAGGACAAGUGUGGGAGGACGCCUUUGCACUAUGCAGCUGCAAAUUGUCAUUUCCACUGUAUUGAGACAUUAGUGACCACAGGGGCCAACGUUAAUGAAACAGAUGACUGGGGACGCACAGCUUUGCACUAUGCUGCUGCAUCAGACAUGGAUAGAAAAAGUAAGACUAUCUUAGGAAAUACCCAUGAAAAUUCAGAAGAACUUGAAAGAGCCAGAGAGCUGAAGGAAAAGGAAGCCGCAUUAUGUCUAGAGUUUCUGCUUCAAAAUGAUGCAAAUCCAUGUAUCCGGGACAAGGAAGGCUACAACAGCGUACAUUAUGCUGCUGCCUAUGGCCACAGACAAUGUCUGGAAUUGCUUUUAGAAAGAACCAACAAUGGUUUUGAAGACUCAGACUCCGGUGCUACCAAGAGUCCACUCCACUUAGCUGCCUACAAUGGGCACCAUCAGGCCUUGGAAGUCCUUCUGCAGUCGCUGGUGGACCUGGACAUCAGGGAUGAGAAAGGUCGCACCGCUCUGGACCUGGCUGCCUUUAAGGGACACACAGAAUGUGUGGAAGCACUUAUCAAUCAGGGCGCAUCCAUCUUUGUGAAAGACAAUGUCACCAAAAGAACCCCACUUCAUGCCUCCGUAAUUAAUGGUCAUACACUGUGUUUGCGGCUAUUACUAGAAAUUGCAGAAAACCCAGAAGCAAUUGAUGUGAAAGAUGCCAAAGGACAAACCCCGCUGAUGCUUGCAGUAGCGUACGGACACAUUGAUGCUGUUUCACUGUUACUUGAAAAGGAAGCCAAUGUAGAUGCUGUUGACCUCAUGGGCUGCACAGCUUUACACAGAGGGAUUAUGACAGGCCAUGAGGAAUGUGUGCAAAUGCUGCUGGAGCAAGAAGUGUCGAUUCUCUGUAAAGAUUCCAGAGGGAGGACCCCCCUGCACUAUGCGGCUGCUCGUGGCCACGCCACAUGGCUGAGUGAGCUGCUCCAGAUGGCACUUUCCGAGGAGGAUUGUUCUUUCAAAGAUAACCAAGGCUACACGCCACUGCACUGGGCUUGUUACAAUGGUAAUGAAAACUGUAUAGAGGUACUUUUGGAGCAAAAAUGUUUUCGCAAAUUUAUCGGUAAUCCCUUUACUCCACUGCACUGUGCAAUAAUAAAUGAUCAUGAGAAUUGUGCAUCAUUGCUACUUGGGGCCAUAGAUUCCAGUAUUGUCAAUUGCAGAGAUGACAAAGGCAGGACACCCCUUCACGCGGCAGCAUUUGCUGAUCACGUGGAAUGCUUGCAGCUUCUUCUGAGACACAGUGCUGAAGUGAACGCAGCAGACAAUUCAGGGAAAACAGCGCUGAUGAUGGCUGCUGAGAACGGGCAGGAGGGUGCCGUGGAUGUUUUGGUGAACAGUGCCCAGGCUGAUCUGACUGUAAAGGAUAAAGACUUGAACACACCCUUACAUUUGGCUAGUAGCAAAGGUCAUGAAAAAUGUGCCUUGUUAAUACUUGACAAGAUACAAGACGAGAGCCUUAUUAAUGCAAAAAAUAAUGCACUGCAGACACCCCUCCAUGUUGCUGCACGAAAUGGCUUGAAGGUGGUCGUUGAGGAAUUGUUGGCCAAAGGGGCCUGUGUACUUGCUGUGGAUGAAAAUGGUAUUGGAACUAGCAGCCCAUGCCUAUUUCUCAGAAGUCAUACCCCGGCCCUGGCUUGCGCUCCUAACAAAGACGUGGCUGACUGCCUGGCCCUCAUUUUGGCUACCAUGAUGCCUUUUUCUCCUUCCAGUACAAUGACGGCUGUCAACUUCGUUUGUUUUAAAAAAGACAAUUUGAGCAGGACAACCCUCUCCAAUCUGGGUAGCAUGGUUAGCCUAUGCAGUAACAACGUAGGCUCAGAGGAUGGGUACAAUGAAAAUGACUCUGAUUCUGAAACAUUUUGACUUUGGACUGUAGAAGCUUUUCCUUGAUCACCCAUAUUGGAAGAAGGGAAAGAAACGUGAAUUCCAGGUUUAUGUUGUGUUCGAGUAUUAUUAUGGGCCUGGGCUUCCAGAAGCCAGUAGAAAAGGAAUUAACCAAACCCAGGGAGGGCAACUAGACUGUAGGGCAAGGCACUCACACAGAUGGGCCCUGAUUUUUGUUUUCAUGUUUUCCUUAGAUCUAAGAUACUUCUGUGCAAGUCUACCUCUCAUUUUAAGUAAGAAGUAAAAAAAUGCAUUUGACUCUUUUUCUUUUGGCAUGAUGCAAUUGAGAGGGAGCUGUUCUCUAGAAAGAAUUUUUUUUUUCAUUUACUCACUCAGCAGUGAGUUCUCAGAAGUAUCUCAAUGUGACAUUCAUGUCCCCUGGGAGGGGAGGGAAAGGGUGGAUAGGAAUUGACUCAAACCUCUUCUCACUUUGAUGUUUACUUCCUCACUAAAAGCCAAAGGUAAAGGUGUUCAUCUUCAGAAAUGAUGCCUGUAAUAAUCUUUUUAAGGGAGUUCAAGUAUGCACAUCCUCUCUAUAGUAAGCACUUAAAUAUCCAGAACUUCUUUCCAAGGAUUUUUAUGGAAGUUGCCAGAUGAAUGGAAAAAUUCACUAAAAAUUGAAGUUGCUUUUUUUCAUUUAACACAAAUACGGCCCCCAGUACUCCCUGUAACAAGCCUGUGACUAAUUUUUCACCUGGCUGAUUGAAUCCAAAUCUGUCUAAUAACAUUUCAGGUGAAAAGUUGUAUUGCACCAGAACUUUGAGACAUAUGCAAAUUUAAUAUGAGACCACCCUUUAUUUAUUUAUUUGUUAAUUCAUCCUCAAAUCAGAAUGCUAACUUUUUAAAAACAUCAGAACCAGCAGCAUUGUUCAUCAGUAGUAAAGUGUUGAAUGAGCUUCUCAGUCAAGGUCAUGCCAAGUGAGUGGAAGUGUGAUGACAAAAGGAAACAAGGUGCAAAGCAGAAGGUAGAAAUGGGUGAUGUGGAAAUUAAAGCCAAUUGAUAGUCGCUUGAUGAUCAACUCCACUUAGUGAAUACUGUGUCUACUCCCUCUGCCAAAGCUUCUAGGUCAAAUGGACCCCGUUCUGCACCUGGAAUAGCUGUACAAAAAGAAGAAUGAGACUCUUUAAACAUUAUGCACAUACAUACACACACGUGUGUGUGUGUAUAUAUAUAUAUAUAUAUAUAUGUCUGUAGUUCAUCAACCAGCUAUACAUGAGGACCAAAAUGCUUCAGUCUAGAAUGGAAGAAUUUAAAUUUCUUUCCUUCAAAAUGGAAGUGAGAACUGAAGUAGCUUUUCUAUGGAGUUAAAAUGUAAUCUUUUUGUGCAACAGUCUUUGUUGUGUUUUAUAUUUCUUAUGACACAGAUUUCUAGUUGAUGGCAUAACAUUUGUAACAUGACAUGUUGACCAAGACUUAUUUUGUUGCCAAACUAGAGAAAAUGUUCAUAUACUUUUGAUGUAAAUGUGUUUGUAUUUAUUUGAAAUGAAACAAAGGCCGAGGAAACAUCCAUUGUUUGUUCUCUGUUUUAAGUGCUGUGUGUCUUACUUGGAAUAACACAAAAGCAGAAAAGCACGCAGGACCCUCACCGGGCUAGCUGGCCGUCCUGGGGCCAAGCCCAGCAUUUCCACUGCUAAGGUUCCCAGCUGACCCUCAGGUUCUUCCACGUCGCUUGGAGAGGGGUACAACAUCCCUUACUCAGCCCCGGUCUGUAGCCAGCCUGGAGAGCUUAGGGGACACUGCCGUCCUUAUGCUCUUCUGCAGGAUGAGAACUGAGGUAUGUGGUGGGUCAUAUGCACAAAGGUGGCCCAAAGAAAUUUGCAGAAAUUACAGAAAUUACUCUGAAGGCACUGAAAACCUCAUGGUCCCAGUAAACGAGUGGGAAAUGAUGUCAGUGUGUGAGCACAUGUACCAGGAGAGGAAAUAGAAAUCACCAGCUCAAGUGCUGUUUUCCACUUGAGGAAGAAACAGGAGAGAAACAUGUUGUCAGGACUCCGGCAUUUUAUAAUCAGCUACAUUUUCAACCCUGGAAAUUUCUAUUUUAUAGUGUAUGUGAGAUAUUUUUAAAACAGUGUUCUAUCAUAUCUGGAUCAAAUACACAUGCUGUAUUAUAUUUUUCGUCUAACUGUAAGAGACUUUAAUCUUAACUCUUUUAAUAGCCUGAUUUAAUUAAAAACACGUUGGGUUCUUCACAAAUGAGAACUUGUUCAAAGGAAUUACAGAAUUGGUAAUAAUUUCACUGGAAAUUUUCGACACCACCAACAUUGUUUUUUAAAUUCUUGGUGUUGUGUUCCCCUUCCUUCCUCUGUCCUUUUUGUUUAUUUGGAGAAGAUGAAUUUUUAAAAAGUAGAUAAAUUGCUAAUGAGCAAUAACGACCUUAUCUUUACCAAAACACUGAAAAGCAAGGGAGAUCCAAUGCUAAAAAAGCACGAUAUACUGUGGUGUCUUUUUCUAGAAGUGAAUGGAAAUCUUGCUCCAUUGGCGUGUAAAGCAGGAAAUGAAAUGCCCGCUUGUAAUGGUGAAGCAGCGUUCACAUUUUUCCUGUAGAGUAGCACAGAGAACAAGGAAGGUGACAGCAAAGCAGUGCCGGCCAUGGGACAUUUCUCUCCACGUAGCUGCAUUUUGACUUUCCCCCACUGUCUACCUGAUAGAAAGAAGGAGGACAAAGGAACAAAAUGAAAUCACACUCGCUGUGAAUUGUUCAUGGAAUCAAAUCUCUCUCCCACCCUCUCGCUGUUUCUCCAUUCCCCAAGACCAAAUUUUUUCCUUUAGGAAAUGACUUCAAAAACUAUCAGUUCUGUGUGUUUUAAGUACAUCUCUUAGAAAUAGAACUAGAUUUGCAGUGUAGCUUUCUAAGCAAAAAAAACAAACAACAAACAAAAAAUAUUGUGCUUUUAACUGAGUCUUGAUUGUUUAGUGCUUUUACCUAACUGUGUUAUUUUUAGACUGUAUUUUAACCGUAGCCACAGGGAUCAUGUUUCAUCACACUUACCUAUUCGCCGUGUCUGCCUAUCCUUGGUAAAUACAUUACUAUCUCCAAAUUGCCUAAAAUCUGCUCUGAUUCUACAGUAAAAAGCUCAGGGGAUUUCUAUUUAUCACUACUACAAGGGCACCAUGGUAUGUUUUGGUACUUUAGGCAGUAAACAGCUGCUUGAUUUUUUUUUUAUUUUAUUAUAAAAUUAGAAAAAGAACAUCAAAUGGAUUUGCUGCACUAUUCUUUGUACUGUUGAGCAACCUGGUUUGCUUAUCUGUUGCGUUGGUUGAAGAACUCAUCCCUUUUUUUGUCUUGUAAUAUGAAGUUAGAGUGCCUUUUUAUAUUUGUAUAUUCUGAAGAUGUUCUGUGAAAUGUUUUGUAUUUUUUUCAUUUGAGUGUUAUCAGAGCAAUAUAAUACCAGUGAGUUUUCAUUUCAGCCUUUCUUUGAAUGUAUAGUGUCUUUUUUUCCUAUUUCCCCUUUACCUGCUUUGAAAUGAAAAUGAAAAUGCCGAAGUUUUCUAUAGGAAUUAUGUUCAAUUUUGCAGUGCUAAAAUGCUUUCUUCUUACAAAACUGUAAACCAUAGGUCAAUGUUAUAGGGGAAAAGCGUUUUAAGAUAGUGACAAUCUGAGUGUGUGUAAAAAUGUAAUUCUAUGCGUUUCUUAUGCAGUGAUCUAAAAAUUCAAUGCAAAUACCUUUUGUUUGGUAGUUUUGUCUACAUAUUUUAUGCUUUAGCAUGUGCAAUAUAUCUUUGCAAAGCACGAUGAUACAAAUCUGGUGCCAGUGUUAUAUUUUGCAUAACAUAUUUGUAACAGCAUAAAAUACUGUUUGAUGCUUUCAGUGGGAUUUUGUCUGUAAUGUUUUCUUAUGUAAAUUGGAGUUGAAUGACUCUGGUAAAUGUCAUGACUGUAAAAAUGAGAAAAAUGACUUUCAGUUCGGUGAAUGACUUUGAACCAAUCUGAAUCUUUUCAAGCACAGUUUAAUACUUUUUCAACUACUGAAUGCUAAUAAUGUAAUGAAGUACUUAACUGUAAUAUACUAUAGAAAUGCAUUCAGAUGGUUAUUUUUACAAAUAAAAACGGUACAAAUAUU